CAACAUGGCGGCAAGUGCCAAAAUGUCGUUUAACUACUAUCAAAAUGGGAAAUAUGGCACGUUACCGGCAGAUCCACAAAAGGACAUGGAAGUUUCACAGGACAUGCAUCUUAAGAUGUCAAAGAAAAUUGCCCAGCUCACAAAGGUUAUUUAUGCACUCAACACAAAAAACGAUGAACACGAUGCAGUUUUGCAUAACCUCAAAGAACAGCAUGAGGAAGAGAUGCAAAAACUUCUGUCAGAGACAAAAGACAAGAUCAGUGUGUUCAAAAGAAAAAUGGAUGAAGAAAAUGACUAUAGACAGAAGAUUGCUUCGUUGGAAACCACCGUAGCUAACCACGAAAGAUAUAAACACGAAGCUCUGCAUAGAUUUGAAACGUUUAAGCAGCAUGCUGAGGAACGUGAAUGUCAGGUAAAAAUGGACCACUCUCAAAAGAUUCUCACAUUAUCACAAGAAGUGUUGACUGCCAAGAAAAACUUUGAAAAACAGUUGGAACAGUUUGAAGAAUGGAAGAAAAAUGUGGAUUCUGAAAAAGAACAGGCUCUGUCAGACAUGAAAAAAGCUCACCAAACAGAAAUGGACGAGCUUCGUACAUUUCAACGUACACAAAACUCAGACUGGUUAAACGAAUGUAAUAAAGUUGAAGACAAAUUCAAAGGACAGAUUGAAGAACUUAAGACACAGUUAGAAAAUUUGAGUGUGGAAAAAGCAAAAAGUGCAGAAGAAUAUGAAGCAAAGCUAUCAAAAGCUCAGGCAUUUUAUGAAAAAGAACUUGCUGCUUUGCGACAGUCCCAACAUUCCUCAAGUGAAAAUUCCAGCAAAAUGCUUUUGGAGGAACAGGAAAAAAUGAGAAAAGAUUUUGCUGCCCAAGAAAGAGAAUUGAAAAAGCAAAUAGAAAGUCUAGUCAACCAAUUGUCUAUAAGUGAAGAUGAGGUAGAGAAAUACAAGUCAGAAAUGGAGAAGUUAAAGAUGGCACUAGAUGGUCAUGAGUCUAGUGCUGGCAGUCUACAGAAAAUGUUAGAGGAAGCCAAAAAGGAGGCAUCAAGUGCUUUAACAAGAUUAAAGGAAAUUGAAUCUGAAUUGACGACGCACAAGGAACGUUGCAGGGAGCAAGCGGAAGAUCUUCGCACGAAGUCUAGUUUAAUUGGUGAGUUGGAGGUGACAAAAAUACAGCAGCAGUCCACUAUACAGGAACAGGCCGUCGAGAUCCAGAAACUAAAAGACAAAUUGGCAUGGCUUGAGUCACAAUGGAAAAAUGUUGAGACAGAGAAAAACUCCCUUACUAAAGAACAGAACUCCCAACUUCUUUCACUACAGAAGUCAUUGGAGGAUUUGUCACUAGAGAAACAGACUUUGAUGGCCAGAUACGAACGAGAUUUACAGAAUCUACGAGACAAAAUGGCUGUCAGAGAGAAAGAACUGGCUGAUAAACACGCAGCAGAGAAACAGAACCUCAACAGAACACACCAGGAUGUGUUGAAAACUCAGCAAGAAAAGGCAGACACUCUCCUGCAUGAAACUAAACAGAAACUGGUAAAGCAACAUGAAGAAGCUAUGAGGAGCGUGAAGGAGGAGAGCGAUGCUGUAACACGGGAGUAUGACCAAAAGAAUACAGACCUUACCAACAAACUGGCUACUUCAGAGGAGGAGGUGAGACGCCUGGAGAAGAUUCUAAAGGACAGUGAAUCAGGUCUGGGGACAGCAUCCGGUAAAAUCAACAGCCUCAAGGAGGCCUCAUCCCGACUACAGUCUGAUCUGGAGAAGUCCCGAGAGGAAAUCAAAACUCACAAGACAAAUGCUGCCAAUUACAAGGCUGAACUAGAAAAACUCAAGAAACUGCAUGAAAGGAAGCUUGAAGAGGCACAACAAGAACUGAAGACAAAACUUGACCAAUUGGCCAAAGACCUGGAAUCAAAGUGGUCAGAUAAUCUCAGGAAGGAGUGUGCACGGCUGAAGCUGGACCUGACCCAGCAGAAAGACGAGGAGAAAAAGGCAGCUCUCCAGCAAUUAGCACGGCUGAAGGAUGAGGAGGUGGUGGCGGCGCGAAGAGGCUGGGAGAACAAAGUCCAGGAACUCCAUAGUCAGCUGGACAGACUAAAACGAAAUUUGGAGGACAAAGAAGGUGUGAAUGCAGAAGAAAUGGCCCGCCUGAGGAAAGAGAUGGAGGAGGAGAAGAAAAGACUGGAGUUGGACUUUGUCGAGGCAGGAAAUGAGUACGCUCAACAGAUAUCAGUGAUGGAAGGAAUGCAACUGGAAAAAGUCAAGAAGUUAGCAGAACAGAAGGACCAAGAGGCGGAGGAAUUAAAAAGGAAGCUUCAUGCAGAACAUACAGAAAGUAUGCAAAGCAGCAUGACCGCUCACAGAGCCAGAAUAGAGAGCAUCAAGUCUGAGGGAGAAAAACUGCGGCUUCUUAGUCUGCAGGAGGCAAAACAGGAACACCGCAAGGAAACAGAAAAGAUCAAGGAUCAGAUUUAUGAGCGCCACAGUAACGAGAUGGAAGAGGUGAAGAGAGGACAUGGCUAUCAGUUGGAUGCAGCGAGAAUGGAACUAGACCGCGCUGUGGAAAUCUCUAAACAGAAGGACAAAGAUCACACAAUACAAAUGGAUGAGUUGAAGGAAGAGGUAACUGGACGGGAACUACAUAUAAAAAAUCUCAAGGAUGAUGUCAAAGGCCUUAAAACUGAUAUUGGUAAACUGACGAGGGAGAUAGAUGUCAAGGGGAAUGAAAUCCUCAAGAUUAGAAGUGACGCAAACCUUCAACUCAAGAAACGAGAGGAGGUGUUAGUACAGAAGUUCCAGCAUGAGAUUGAGUGUGUAAAGGCAGACCACCAGAGAGAGGCUGAGACACUGAUGGCCGACUUCACUGAGGCUCAGGAACUCCUCAAGGACAAGAUCUCGGAGUUACAAAUAAUGCUGGAAGAGGCAGAGGAAAAGUACCACAAUCGCGAAUCACGGCCAGAAGAUUUAGAGGCCAUCUCACAGCUGAGAGAUGCCAUUAGGGAGAGGGAACUAAGGAUGAAAACAUUGAUAGAGGAGAAACAGUAUUACCAGAUGGAGCUUGUUAACAGGGAAACAAACUUUAAUAAAGUUUUCAACACUGAUCCGAAAGUUGGGGUCCUUAACCCACUUCAGAAAAAGCACAAGAAAGGGGAGAGGGGAGGUAACUAUCAUUCCAAGCACACCUCAAGUGCACCAAGUCUGAAUCGCCUGGACCCCAUCCCCAACUCACCGAUCCACAACGCCAAUCUGAACCCAUCUAAACCCCUGGGUCCCACUCCUGCCUUCACCAAGAAGUUUGUCAGAUAGUUCAUUAUCAAUUCAUGUUUUCUGUUAUUGGAAAGUAGUGACAGUUAUGUGAUAAUAUCCAGUAGCGGCCUCGGGCAAACAGUUCCCCAGGGCUUCCCCCUAUAUGUACCUCGGGAUGAUAGUUUUGACUGUCCCCCAAAUAGCCAUAUCUGUAUUGGCUGUAUUGGUCGGUAAAGAUGUUUUAUGGAAGUAAAUAGUAUAUGGAAUUAGCAGUUUAAUUUUGAUACAGAUAUUGUAUACCACAGAUGUAACUUGUGGAAGCCAUCGUUUCAUGAAGGGUCAAUCUAUUGUCACACAUUUGUUGUUGUUACAGAUUCUGCAAAAUGUAAUAUAUUUCACACCUUUCAUAUUUUUGCUUUCAAAUGAGGAAAUUAUUUCAGCAUCGGGAGGAAUAUUUUAUACAAAGUCAGCUGUACUGUCGAGUAUAUAUGGAUGAAGCCAACACUUGACAGAACAGUUUUAAAAGGCCAGACGGGAAAUAUUGGUGGGGUAAAAGUAUUAGGGAUUACAUUUAAUGGCUGAAUCAACCUAACCCAUCAUGUACACUUUAAUGAAAAGACCCAGGUAUCAUGCUGUUUGGUACCAGUCUUCCCUGAACAUUUAAAUAACUAUACCACCACUUUGAUUUGUACAUACAUGUACAGUGUAUAUUGAAUGCUGCUGAUCUGUCAACAAGUUGUCUGGUGAUCAUGAGUGGAGUGGCCUGAAGUUUAACUGUGAUAUUGUAAAAUUCGAUCAUGAUUUAUGUAUAUAUAUAUGUGUAAUUAUUCUUUGAAAGAGUAACAGUAUUGAAUAUUUUUUGUAUCUGUCUCCUAUUUUGGAGAUUGAUUGUGACUUUUGUUCCUCUCAGCUUACCUAAUUUAGUGUACAACAGGCUUACCCUACUUUUGCCAAAGAGAGACCGAGUAUUAAGAAUAUAAAAACAAAUUUUAUGUUUACUUGCUGAAGAUAAAUGGAAGGAUGUAAUAUAAGUCUGUUUUAUAAGUGGAUGCAUUUAAUGGCUUAGAAUUCCUGUGAUCUGUUUUUGUCUUUUGAAAAUCUGCUUUUCCUUCUCCUGGUGAUAGUUUUGUUUUUCAAUCUUUGUACUGCUAAAAACUGCGUGUACUGUGCACUGUGUGUACUGGGUACUGAAAUCUGUAAUUUGCACUGCUGAAAGCUGGGUUUACUGGGUACUGAAAUAUUUGUACUGCUGAAAACUGGGUGUACUGGGUACAUUUAUUUACUUGGAGCCAGUUGUUAUUUAUUUAGUGCUAUGAUUCUUGAGCUUAUCUGUGAUACCAGAAUCUGUACAUAUUUCUUUGACAUGCUGAUGUAUAUUUUAACAGCAUGUGGUCCAUAAUACAUUGACAUAUAUAAUAUAUAAAGGUCAUUAUGACCGAAUUUUGUACAAUUUUGUUGAGAGACUGACCAGUGAGUGAGUGAUAUACUGAUAUACUUAUUAAGGUCAUGGUGACCUUAUUUGGUAUAUUUUUUGGCAGGAGACUGACCUGUGAGUGAUAUGCUGAUACAUGUAUUCGUAGUAAGGUCAUUGUUACCUAAUUUGGUAUAUUUUUGUUGAGAGACUGACCAGUGAGUGAUAUACUGAUAUACUUAUUGAGUUCAUUGUGACCUAACUUGGUUUAUUUUUUGGCAGGAGACUGACCUGUGAGUGAUAUGCUGAUACAUGUAUAUAUACUUAUUAAGGUCAUUGUGACCUAAUUUUGUAUAUGUUUGAUAAGUGUCCUGUAAGUGGUGCGUUGACAUUGUUUCUCAUAUAUUGUUGAUGGGUAAAUGAACUAUGAGGGGAUGUGACCUGCUUUUGUGAAUUAAUGUAUGUUCCUAUGUCUUUCUAGUUUCUAAUUUUAAAAGGUAAAAGGAAACAUCAUCAAACACACCAUCUUGUAUAUAUAUGUACAUUGAACAGAACAUAGUUAUAUAUAUUGGUUGGUAAUUGUCCUCCAGAGAAAAUAUGCUACCAUACACUUUAUACCUGUGAUUUGUGUUUGAGUUAUCGGUGUUUGGCUGUAGGAUAUAUAUGCUACCUUACACAUCAUACCUGUGAUUUGUGUUCGAGUUAUCUGUAUUUGGCUGUAGGAUAUAUAUGCUACCAUACACAUCAUACCUGUGAUUUGUGUUUGAGUUAUCUGUGUUUGGCUGUAGGAUAUAUAUGCUACCUUACACAUCAUACCUGUGAUUUGUGUUUGAGUUAUCUGUAUUUGGCUGUAGGAUAUAUAUGCAACCUUACACAUCAUACCUGUGAUUUGUGUUUGAGUCAGCUUCCUUAAUGAUGCAUCCUACGUAAAUACCAUACCAUACACAUGACAUACUUGUUAUUUUUUGUUACAGUUAUCUGCCUUUAGGAUAUAUUAUACGUGGGAUUUGUGUAUAAUUUAUUUCCCUUAAAGAUGUAAACUUUGUUGCAUACUAUGGGUGUUUUUGUGUAAUAGUUAUCUCCCUUAGUAAAUGUGUUAGCACAUACAUUAAAACUGUGAGUUGUUUCCGAGUUACAUCCCUUAAGGAUGUAUGUUACCUUAAAAAAAGACACCAAUGAUUUUUUGUUAUCUUCCUUCAGUAUCUCCCACCUUAUAAUGCUGGUGAGUGUUAUCCCCCUUGGCAAUGAUUAAAGUAAUCUUAAUGUAACCAGUGUCUGUAGCUCAAUGUACUUGUACCGUCAUCCAUUAGUCUACCAAGUCAAAAUUAUCAUUCAGUAAGAUAUUUUACAGGUUUCCAUGUGUAAACACGUCACAGUGAGGUAUCACAAAUCUCUAAAUGAGGUCUACUGAUAACAGCACAAAAACUAAAGGAGUUAUAAGUCUGGAGAAUACCCAGUGCUCAUUAAAAGUCUGGGGAAUACCCAGUGCUCAUUAAAAGUCUGGAGAAUACCCAGUGCUCAUUAAAAGUCUGGGGAAUUAAACAAAACUAUAAUAAUUCAGUUCAGCUACUUACUGGAUGAUUACUCUACUUGACAUUCUAUUCAACGGGAGACUACAUUUUGAUUAUAUUUAUAGAUUCUCAAAUCUCAUGAGACUGAAAUUAAUUAAUCUGUAUUUAAUGACAUAAUAAUACUCAUUUGUAUAACAAAGUGAUGGAAAACAGAAAUAGCAGGAUUCACGUGAAGGCAUUCUUUAUAGAUGUGUCCGACAUGUCGUUAGAAUCUCCAGAGUUUUUGUAUUAAUAUCGUGUGAAACGCUGCCAUUUCCUUAGUAUCCAGAAAGUUUAAGUGCUUGCAGAUUGCCAGAACUAAUACAAUGUAACGCUUUUGAACGAUUUGUCUUCAAAGGACACAUAAAAUUGAAUUUCCUUUCUUGCAGAAAAUGUUUUUUUUAAAGGAGGAAAUUGCUUUUAUGGAUUUUUUGUAAUAUGAUGAGGGUAGUCUUUCAUCUUUCUGACACUACACCGUACAUCCUAUGCAAUGAAACAUGCUUAAUUAAUUACCUAUAUGCUAGGCAUUUUGUAAGAAACCAAGUUCCUUUAUUUUUCUGUACAAGGACAGAGUUACCCUUGUAGACUAGGGAGGUUUAAUUAUAGCUGUUUCAUAUGUAACUGGUCCUGUGAUUAAACAUCAGUUACCUUACUUUUCAAAUCUUUGUAAUUAUUGCACAGGUUUUGCAAAUAUUUGUAAUUACUGCACUGAUCUUUGCAAAAACAAAAACAAAACGAUUGACAGAUCUGUAAAAUGAUCCAUUAUUAAAGGAAGGAAAAAGUCAUUAUUUUUUAGUAUUGAAGUUUGCUUACAUUAAUAACAGAUCGAAGGGACUACCUGAAGUUAAAAGUGUUAGCAUCAGUAACACCUAGUAAACUCUGGAUCACCUUAGUGACUAUUGUCAUGGGUCCAACUCAGUAAUGUAUUAUACUGACAAGUGACAUAUGUCCUCUCCUAAUGUUAUCAGUCUGUGUUACAUGUAACAUUUGAUAAGUUGUUUGUAGUACCUCUAAAUUUUACAGGUGUGAGAUUGAGCGUCAACACAAACAUUGACUUUAGCUCAUUAAAAAAAAUUAGUUACAAUAUUUCUUUAGCAGGUAUCACUAUCAUACUACUGGUGCUUAUCCCUAUACAUACUCGGUAUCAUACAGAAUUAUAUAGAUAUUGACUUUCAUGUUUAAUCCAGAAGACUCCAUUUGUACUGUCCAAGGUAGUAAUUAGAAAUUGCAGAGUGUAAUAACAAAAAAAGUCAACCGCAGAUCUGUCUUUAUUUUGAACAUCAUGAUAUAACACUACAAAUGUUCAAGAAAGUUGUAUUUUUGUAGAAUUUAAAUACGGUAGUUUGACCUUAUUAGCUUUACAUGUAGAGGUGUCAACAUCUAAUGUGAUGGUUCCACAGUCUCUCAAAUUAUUUUAACAAUUUAUGUUUUUUUUUAGAUUUCAUAAAUAAUGUACCAAUAUUAACCCUCUCUUAUAUUUUUGUCUGAAUUAGUAAUUUGUCAGAGCAAAUUGUGAUAAAAUUACAAUUUAUCCUUAAAUUCCGUCCAUGUUUUAUGAUUUUAUAUACAUGCUAUCAAUCCGUCCAAAUAUUAUGAUUUUAGAAUUUGUGUCCCACAGACAAAGUAACUAUGAUUAGUGUUGGUGGUACAUGUCUCCUGCACAUGUUUAUCAAUAAAUAUGUUAUGUUAAAACAAAUGAUACAGAUGUACAUUUAUAUGUCUUACAGGACGCAUUCCUAUGUCUUACAGGACGACAUUCAUAUGAAAAUGGCCGAUUUAAACUAUUUUGUAAUGAAUAAAAAUAAAAUGAUUGCCAGAAUACUUAAA